GCAGCCGCCGUUGUAGCGUCCACCCACUCGGUGCAGCGGUGCCUCCACCAGAUGAAUGCCGUCAUUCUACGUACCCGCCCGCUCAUCGCGGCAUCGCCGAGCUUGCUUCGCUCUCUACCGAGCGCUCGUCCGCCAAGGCCUGCGCGUGCCCCUGCCCGAUGAGCUGACGACCUCGUCCCCGCUGGGCCCGAGCAACCCGAUCAAGAACCUCAUCCGCAAUGCCUUCCGCCGCAACAAGCGGGACACCUCCCCGCGCCUCGUCGUCUCGGCCCUCAAGAACGGCUACCGCUUCCUGAGCCUGCUCUCCCGCGCCGCCGACCCGGCCUCGGCGGAGCACGCCUCGGUCCUGGCCUUCCUCCGCGAGAACGAGUCGCGCAUCCUCGAGGUCCGCGCCAAGAAGGCCGCCGAGGCCGCCGCCCGCAUCUCCACCGCCCCGAUCCCCGGCCGCACGCCGCUCAUCAAGAAGAUCUCGGCCGAGGGCGAGCCGCCCGUCUACGCGCCCGCCGGCCCGCCGCGGCCGCUCUCGUCGUUCCCCAGCGGCGUCCGCAAGCCGCCCACCCUCGGCGCCGUCGGCGGCGUGCCCUUCCUGCGGCUCAAGAAGCCGCAGCCGCGCUUCCUCGAGCGCGUCAUCCGGCAGACGGCGCAGCGCAGGGAGAAGAAGAUCAUCCAGCUUCUGGAUUUUCAGACGGAGGGGCUAGAUGAUGUGGCGCUGGAGGACCAGUGGGAGUGGCUGGUUGGGAGGAUGCUCGCGGACAAGGCGAAGGAGGAGGGAAAGACGCCGCCCCCAGUCCCGCGUGAGCCGACGUACAGGCAGACGCUCCAUGGCGUGACGGUGCAGAUGUCGAAGGAGAUUAAUGAGCAGAGGCUCGACCUGCUUGCCAAGUCGCAUGCGAUGUGGCAGAUUGUGCUGAACGAGCAGGCGCUGGCGUUGCAGGAGGAGAAGGAGAGACUCGCGAGGGAGGGUAAAGAUCCCAGCGAAGCGAAGCUGCGGGACUGGAGGCGGCCCAUCUGGGACAGACCUAAACGGAAGUUAAAAGCCAAGAAGCAGAGAGAGGCGGCCGUGCCUGAGCAACCAGAGGGAGCUGGCGUUUCGAAAGAGACAUCAUCGCCGGAAAAGCUCAGCCCUGGUACUACCCGGUCAGUGGAGGGAGAGAAAUCACCAAGCGCGGUCCUGAAAGAGACGGCGGGGGGAUCCGACACGCCUUAGGCCGCGUGUUGUGGACGACGGGCAAUGGUACGGCCGAUUGUCCGUGCAGACGGAGA